AUGGCGGCCGCGCCGCCGCCCAAGGCCGACGAGCUCCAGCCGUUCCCGCCCAAGGAGCAGCUGCCCGGCGUCGCCUUCUGCAUCACCAGCCCGCCGCCAUGGCCGGAGGCCAUUUUACUGGGAUUCCAGCAUUUCAUCGUUAUGCUGGGCACCACUGUCAUCAUACCCAGCGCGCUCGUUCCUCAGAUGGGAGGCGGAAAUGAAGAGAAAGCUCGGGUGGUUCAGACGAUAUUGUUCGUAGCUGGCAUAAACACCCUGUUCCAAACAUUCUUCGGGACACGUCUUCCGGUUGUGAUGGGUGGCUCAUACAUCUUCGUCGGACCCACCAUCUCGAUCAUCUUGGCUGGACGGUACAGCAAUGAAGCAAACCCUCAUGAGAAAUUCUUGCGGACGAUGAGGGGAACGCAAGGUGCUCUCCUCAUCGCAUCGACAAUUCAGAUCAUACUUGGAUUCAGUGGGCUCUGGCGCAAUGUAGUCAAAUUAUUGAGUCCGCUGGCAGCUGUUCCUCUGGUAUCACUUGUUGGAUUUGGGCUCUACGAGCUUGGCUUUCCAGGGGUAGCGAAAUGCGUCGAAAUUGGCCUUCCAGAAGUUUUCCUGUUGGUUGUAUUUUCUCAGUAUUUGUCUCAAGUUCUGGACUUCGGGAAGUCUGUAUUUAGCCGGUUUAGUGUUCUUUUCACUGUCUCUAUCGUGUGGCUGUAUGCGUACAUUCUCACUAUCGGUGGUGCUUACAAGAAUUCUCCACCAAAGACACAGGUGCAUUGCCGUGUUGAUCGUUCAGGCCUUAUUUCAGGAGCGCCUUGGAUAAGUGUUCCCUACCCCUUUCAGUGGGGUGCUCCAACAUUUGACGCUGGAGAAGCUUUCGCAAUGAUGAUGACUUCAUUCAUUGCUCUUGUAGAGUCAACUGGCGCCUUCAUUGGUGCUUCAAGAUAUGCAAGUGCAACUAUGAUUCCUCCAUCAAUUAUUAGUCGGGGCGUGGGAUGGCAGGGCAUUGGUCUCUUGCUUGAUUCAUUUUUUGGGACAGCCACCGGGACAUCAGUUUCAGUAGAGAAUAUUGGAUUGCUUGCAUUGACACGUAUUGGCAGCCGGAGAGUAGUACAAAUAUCUGCAGGGUUCAUGAUUUUCUUCUCUGUCCUUGGAAAAUUUGGAGCUCUGUUUGCGUCGAUUCCACUGCCCAUAUUUGCUGGCAUGUACUGUCUCUUAUUCGCAUAUGUUGGUGGUGUUGGCCUGAGCUUACUUCAGUUCUGCAACCUAAACAGCUUUAGAACCAAAUUCAUCCUGGGGUUUGCUUUCUUCAUGGGCUUAUCAGUUCCUCAGUACUUCAAUGAGUAUACAUCUGUUGCAAGCUAUGGUCCAGUGCACACUGGCGCCAGAUGGUUCAAUGACAUGAUAAACGUGCCAUUCACGUCAAAGCCGUUUGUCGCCGGGCUGGUAGCCUACAUCCUGGACAACACCCUCCAGAUAAAGGAAAGUGCGGUGAGGAAGGACAGAGGCAACCAUUGGUGGGAAAAGUUCAGGAGCUUCAAGAAAGACGCGAGGAGCCAAGAGUUCUACUCGUUGCCGUUCAAUCUGAACAAAUUCUUCCCUUCGGUCUGA